GAGCAGGAGACCUGUUUGAUGUGAAUGGGCAUUCAGAAUAUGUGGAAACUAUCAUUGCAAAAUGCAUUGAUUCGUACACUGAGAAAAGAGUUUAUAAAGCAGAAAACCCAGAUGAAGAUGUUACUAUAGAUACAAGACUUGAAGCCAUUGUGGACAGGAUGUUCAAAAGAUGUUUUGAUGAUGGAAAAUACAAACAGGCUGUUGGAAUUGCCUUGGAAACAAGAAGACUGGACAUAUUUGAACAAGCAAUUUUGAAAUCAGAUGAUGUGCCUGGAAUGUUGUCCUACAGCCUAACAGUCUGUAUGUCAUUGAUACAAAGUAGACAGUUUAGAAAUAAGGUUCUGAGAGUCUUGGUACAACUGUACAUGAAUCUAGCAACACCAGACUUCAUCAGUGUCUGUCAGUGUUUCAUAUUUCUUGAUGAUGCUCAAGGAGUAGCUGACAUCUUGGAAAAACUUAUAAAAGACAAUGAGAAAGAUCAAACCUUGAUGGCCUACCAGAUUGCUUUUGAUCUGUAUGAAGGAGCCACUCAACAGUUCCUGUCAUCCGUAACAUCUGUGCUAAAAGCCACAGUACCUUUUGUGUCCAGUACUGGAGCAACAGGCACUGAUGCAUCCGCUGAGGGAAAAGCUGAUAAGAAUGGCAUUACAGAGAAGUCAGGUGAUGCAGCUAUGGACACUGAUGAAGCAGAGAAGGAAGUUCCUGCUAAGAAGCCAAAACCAGAUGCUGUUUUGAGUGAAAGUGAUAAAAAACUGGUCGACAAAGUUGACAAGUUGGUGGCAAUCCUGGGUGGAGAGACUACCAUUGCCCUUCAUCUGGAAUUCCUUAUCAGAAAUAAUCAUGCAGAUCUACUCAUUCUCAAAAACACAAAGGAUGCUUCUAGAAAUUCAGUUUGUCACACAGCCACUGUAAUAGCCAAUUCCUAUAUGCAUUGUGGGACAACAAGUGACACCUUUCUUCGAAAUAACCUUGAAUGGCUUGGAAGGGCUACAAACUGGGCAAAAUUCACAGCAACAGCAAGCUUAGGAGUUAUUCACAGGUUUAACUGGAGAUGA